AUGAGCCGUUGCUGCUCUCUUGGUCACUGUGUUCCGAUUGCUUUGUCAUCUCUCUCCUCGAGGCCUUGCAGUGUCAAAGCUCCUCUCUGUAUCAUUACAUCUCACACCAAACCAAAUUCUGACACUAAUCCUCUUCUUCAUAAUGUUGCCAAGAUGAGAGCAAAGGCCGGUGAUUUCUUUGGAGCAAAGAAGACAAUCUUGGCAGCUCAACUCGGGGCAGUUCUUGCCACGAUUGAUCAUCCGGCUUUCGCAAUAACAGGAGUCAACAAUGAGCAGGAAUUGAGCAGAACUGUGCUCGAUAUCGGGAUCAUAUCCGUUUGGUACUUCCUCGUAAUGCCACCAAUCAUCAUGAACUGGCUGAGGCUAAGAUGGUACAGAAGGAAGUUCUUCGAAAUGUAUUUACAGUUCAUGUUCGUCUUCCUGUUCUUCCCCGGGCUACUGUUAUGGGCACCAUUUCUCAACUUCAGAAAGUUCCCAAGAGAUCCAUCUAUGAAGUAUCCGUGGGACAAACCAAAAGACCCCUCCACAAUCAAAAACGGUUACCUCAAGUACCCAUUCGCAAAGCCAGAAGAUUACGACUACUAA